CAACUUUUUAUUUCCGGGUUACGUCAGUGUUGGCUCGAGCAAUGACAUUGUCCCAAACUAAGAAGUCGGUCUGUCUAGUGGCUCACAGUCUGUUAUUUCAGAUGCUUUGAAAGUUUAAAUUAGCACCGACAGUGUUGUCAACAUGACAUCCACCACGACAGGUUUCACGGAGAACCGGCAACCCGGUAGAGGACAGGGGCCAGUGGGCUUGGAGUACAUCCCCACAGAAGAAGAGAGGAGGGUGUUCAAAGAGUGCAACCAGGAGGCCUUUUGGUACAGGUCGGCGCCCUUCUCCGCGAUUAGCAUGGCUGUCACUCAAGCCCUUGUUGUCAGAGGGACCCUGUCUGCAUCUCCAAGGUUUGGAUCGCUACCCAAAGUGGUCUUUGCUGGCUUCUGUGGCUACCUGGCUGGGAAACUGUCAUACAUGAAGACGUGCCAGGAGAAGUUCAAGCGGCUGGAGAACUCCCCUCUGGGAGAGGCUCUUAGACAGAGGACUGGGCUGCCCCAGCAAUACGGUGCUCAGUCAGAGCUGAGUAACCCAGACACCCAGUCGUUUGAGACCGUGUUCCAGCCAGCAGAAGAUCUCAGCCACAAAAACUACAAUACAGAAUCAGUCAUGCAGUUGGGCAAAUCAGAUGACUUCAGUACUCCAGUUGAGUCAUACGUGGAAGAAGAGGAGCCCAAGAAGAAGGCCAUCCUCUAUGAGGACCUGAGGCUCAAAAACAGAGAGAACUAUGAGGUCACGCUAUCUCAGAAGGCUGACACACUGCUCAAAACGUCACCCGAGAAGGAGCCAAAAAGACCUAAAAAAGAGGUGAAGAAUAUCUAUGGAGACACCUGGGAGGAAUGAGUCCUUACUUAAAGUUUAUAAUCUGUUCUUGAUGUUUUCUUUGUAAGUCAAUUAAAGCAAAUCACAUUAGGUUUAAAA